AUGGCAACUGGUGUUGAUGAAAACAAGGGUAAGAAGGAUUUACAAGAAGAUAUUGAUGAAAACAAGGGUAAGAAAGACUUGCAAGAAAUUAUAGAGCAAAUCAAUGCAGAAGAGCAUUACAGGGUUAUAACAAAAGAGGAGUAUGACCUGUUGAAAGGGCAGAAAAUUCCAACUACCCCUAAAGUUGAACAUGGUUUGAAUAAGGGUACCAUUCCUAAACUACCAUCCUUAGGUGAAGUACCGAUCCCUAGUCACAUACCCUCACCAGGUUAUUUACACCCACCAAGUCUUAUGUCAUCACAUCAAUUGUUUAAUAGCUCUGCUCUGUUUCAUCAAAAUAACAACCCUACCCCUAUAAAACUUCCAACUUUUAGCGGUAGUGAGCAAGUUCAGAAAGGUGAAGUGAGCUAUGACGUUUGGUCGUAUGAGGUAAGGUGCUUAAAGGGCCAGUGGCCUGAUCAUGUUCUUUUGCAGCCAGUGAGAAGUUCUCUGAAGGGGACGGCGAGGGAAAUUCUAAUUCCACUUGGAGAAUAUGCAACAGUUGAGAACAUCCUCGCAAAGUUAGACGAUUUUUAUGGGAAUGUCUGCACACCCGAAAACAUCAUGCAGAAAUUUUAUUCAGAUCAUCAACAAGAAGGUGAGUCAAUUGUUUCCUAUGGAUCUAGGUUAGAACAGUGUUCAUCAAAAGCUGUAAAAGUAGGUCACAUUGAUGUAAAUGCCAAGGACCCAAUGCUUAGAUCAAAGUUUUGGUCAGGUUUAAGGAGCACACAGUUAAGAAAUGCAACAAGGCACAAGUAUGAGACUGUAAAAGAGUUUCACUCCCUUCUUAGAGAAAUAAGACAGAUUGAACAAGAGGAAACUAGUUUAAAAUCUGUAAAUUCAGUUCCAAAAUCAAGUGUUGCUAUGUCAAAUUCUUUUCAGACAAAUACCUCCAACAACACUUACCACAGAGGAAAUUUCCGGGGCAGGAAUAAAUUUGUCAACAGAGGCAGAGGAAUGUAUUUCCAAUCUCAGAAUCAACAGCAACUGCCAAACCAGCAGCACCAGAUUCAGCAACAGACUCAGCAACCAUGGCAAACAAAGGCAGUUUACUGGUACAACACAGCAGUCUGGUUAGUUGGAGAAUCCAAUGAAUCUGAUAUUAUUGUCAAUGGCUUAAGAACAAAAGCUCUCAUAGACUCAGGAUCUAUGAUAACCUGUAUUUCUGAAGAAUUUUUCAAACAUUUAAACCCUAGGCCUGAGUUACAUGACCUUUCAGAAUUUGAACUCAAUGUUCAGAGCGCUAAUGGCAGUGCUUUGCCAUACAGCGGCUAUGCAGAAAUUGACAUAUGUGUACCUUUCUUUGGUGAAUUUACAUAUACUAUUCCUGUUCUAGUAGUUCCCCAGACAAAUUAUUCAAGGCAAGUACCUAUGAUUCUUGGAACUAAUUUCAUUCGUUUUUACAGGAAUGCUUGUAACCAGAAUUCCACUGAUUCAGAUGAUGUUCCAGAACAAUGGAAGAUAGCAUUUGACAGCAUGAAUGAUGAAACACCAGUGAGGACGACUAACAAGUGUACCAUUCAAGUGCUACCAAAUGAGACAGCUUUAUCUGCGUCUCAAGUACAGAGAAACUGCGUGUCAAACUAG